UCCCCUCGUCAUCACUGCAGUCGUAGUAAUACUCAUCUGCCUCGUCCACUUCGUAAAACGUCCGCAUUAGUGGCCUAAAUACCAGCAGCACCUACCGCCAUCCCACGGACUAAUUCCUUUUCCGCGACGGGUUGCUGUUACCUGCCUACUCUACCCACCACCGAGCGCACAGCACGCAGCUUCCCAACCAAGAUAGACCGGCGCAACAGCAGUGCUUAAAUUUCCCUCCAGGACCUAGAUACCAACUCAAACACCCUUCCUUCAUCCUCAGCCACCUCACCAUCCUCACCAUCCUCACAACCUCACCUCCCACCUAAGCCACAUCUCAUGGCCACCCCCACAAUAAUCGCCUACAGCGCCCUCGGCGCCACCAUCUGCGUCGUCAACAGCAUCGCAGGCAUAGCCGCAUACUACCACCACCGCAAGCGGCAAUCCGCCAACAGAAAAGCAGCCGUAGCGGCUUGGAACGCGGACCACGGCCCGUACCCCCAGCACGCAAAGGGCCCGACGCCGCUGCGCGAGUUUUACGACGACGACGCGGCCGUGCCUGACGCCCGGGGAUUGGUGAUGCAGCCGCCUCGUGCGCAGAAACGGAGGCGCUUUUCGCUGUCUAAGCUGGGCCGCGGUAAGAGAGGUUGA